UCGAUCGGAUUUAAAGCUUUCCGAUGAGAUUCUAUCGGUAAUUCCGACAGAUCCAUUCGAACAGCUGGAUCUCGCGAAGAAGAUCACGUCCAUGGCGAUCGCCUCUAAGGUUUCUAGCCUAGAAGCCGAGGCGGUCGAACUGAGGCAGAAACUGCAGAAGAUGGAGAUGUGUAGACACGAGCUUGAGAGCAAGGCGUACCGUUACGAGAGAGAUUUUCGAGAAGCCGAUUCAAGGUUGAAGACUGUCCUCCAUGAUAACAUGAAUCUGACAAAGGAACGUGAUUUACUUGCAACCACUGUAUCGAAUCUGAAUCGUGAAAUGGCUAAGUUGGAGACAUUCAAGAGGCAAUUGGUUCAAUCCCUAAGUAAUGAUGAGACUGAGACUGAGACUGCUCCGAAAACAGAAUCGGUUGAUAUCAGGACAUAUGACCAGUCGGUUCCUGUGUCUUCUUAUCAAGACAAAGCUGACCAAAGGACAAGGUUCCACCAUUCUUACAGUAAAUCCGUGGACAUGACUCUUCCAGUUGACGAAUAUUCAAAGUACACAGGACCAAGAUUUUCUGUUUCUCCCUGGAUGACGCCUGAUAUAUUCUCCCCUCGAAGUAAUUCUACUGCAGGAUCUCCCAAGAGAGCUUCUGGUGCAAUGCCUCCCACAAAUACACAUUCUGAAAGCCAAAAGACAACUCUUUGGCACCCCUCAACAUUCUCAAGCCACCAAUCAUCAGCCGCAAAUUCUCCUCCUCGUGGCCUCCCACUUCCAGCAGCUCGUACACCUCGUAUUGAUGGCAAGGAGUUUUUCCGUCAAGUCAGAAGCCGAUUGUCGUAUGAACAAUUCCGAACCUUCUUGGCUAACAUUAAAGAGCUGAAUGCUCAGAAGCAAACCCGAGAGGAAACUCUGAGAAGAGCCAAUGAGUUAUUCGGAACAGAUAACAAAGAUCUUUACGUGUCUUUCCAAGGACUUGUCACCAAGAACAAGAGCUAGACCGAAAAAAGCUGCAAUCACAGAUUCUUCAUGACUCUUGGAUCCGAAACUAAGUUAAUUUGUUGUUACCUUUUGAAUUGUUCCUGUAUGUUUUCUAUCUUCUAAACUCAAAAAAAAAAAACACUAAGCCAAUUUAUGUACACAAGCAGCUGCUUGAAAUAACAAUGAACUCCUCUGUUUCAGUUUGACACUUAA